AACUAGUCGAACGAAGAUAAAGAAUUAAGUAGCAAUAAUGAGCGUUUUGGGUUUAUACGGGCGCAAUGCAGUUAUAGAAGUAGUUGUAAGGGGGUCGGCGUGAGGCGAAAUCGCCAGACGCGCCGAUAACGCUUUCGGGAAAGCACGGGUCGGGAAAACGUGAGCUAUCUCCGUUACGUAAACGCGUCGCGAUUUCGUGUGAGCGGUGUUUUUAAAUGCAAGUGUACUUUAGUGAACAACUUGGAUAAUACUUUAUAGUGUUUUUGUGGAAUAUGUGAAGUGACAUAGGGUACUGUGACGAGUGAUGUAUAGUGAACAGUGAUCAAAAUGGACAAGAACACGGCCGAGGUUAGCAAGGGCGUUCACUAUUGUGGGCAAGUGCGUCGGUUUCGGGACAGAACGCCCGAUCACACCGAGUUAUCGUUCGAGGAAUUGAGGAGCAAGUUUGACACAAGCGCGCCACGCGCGGCGAGGACAGAAAUCGCUUCGAAUCCCGCCACGCACGGCAGCGCCACCCGACAAGUGGUCAGCGGCAAAAUCUUCAAGAAGUGCAAGAGCGCUACUUUUCAGAUAGAUGGCGCCACAUACACUAUUGUGGCGAGUCCUCCGGGAGGCGCGAGUGCUCCACGGGAGGAGGCACCACCCCGCCCCCCGCCACCACCCGCGCCCCGCAACGGCACCCCUCCUAGUCAACACGGAAGUCUUAUAGAAAAUCAACAAGGUGCCCUGACAAUCGUGCGCCGCUCCUCAAGCCGCAGUAAGGCGGAGAGUUGUCCCACGCCCACCGAUGAACAACUCGACUCACUCGACUUAGACACCGAGCACUUGCCCGCCGUCGACACGCCCGAUGCAUGCGACAAGGCCGCCCUUAGAUUACGCUAUCUCCUAAGACAAUUGAAUAGGGGUGAAAUAUCCGCAGAGACUUUACAAAAGAACCUUCAGUAUGCUGCAAAAGUUCUCGAAGCUGUCUACAUUGAUGAGACCAAGGAUAGGAGAGUGGCAGAGCAGCCGCGCGCGCAGCAGACGACGCUCCACAUGCGACGCCUGCGCACCCCCUGCUGGGCGAGGUGCUCAGUAGAGAAACCAAACGAAGCAAAACCGGCAGUGGCGCGUCAGCAGUCGGCCCCAACCCUGGUGUUUAGGAGGCUGGCUGACGAAGAUGACGAGCUGUCAGAAGUCCAACCUGAUGCUGUACCGCCUGAGGUCCGGGAGUGGCUGGCGUCCACCUUCACGCGACAACUGGCAACGGCGAAGCGAAAGUCUGAUGAGAAGCCCAAGUUCCGAUCGGUGGCUCACGCCAUCAGGGCAGGGAUCUUCGUGGAUAGAAUCUACAGAAGAGUCACCAGCACGGCGCUGAUGCAGUUUCCUCAAGACGUCAUUAGAGUACUAAAGACAUUAGAUGAAUGGUCGUUCGAUGUGUUUGCCCUGCACGAGGCGUCGGGUGGAGCACCCGUCAAGUACCUUGGCUAUGAACUACUCAACCGAUAUGGAAUGAUACAUAAGUUUAAGGUCCCACCGACGACGUUGGAGAACUUCCUCAACAGGAUAGAGGAAGGUUACUGCAAGUUCCACAACCCUUACCACAAUAACCUCCACGCAGCUGAUGUGGCACAGACAGUUCACUAUAUGCUGUGUCAGACUGGACUGAUGAACUGGUUAUCAGAUCUGGAAAUCUUUGCGACGCUGGUGGCGGCAGUGGUACACGAUUACGAGCACACAGGCACCACGAAUAACUUCCACGUGAUGUCGGGCUCUGACACUGCGCUGCUGUACAACGAUCGGGCAGUUCUCGAGAACCACCAUAUUAGUGCUGCAUUCAGACUGAUGCGCGACGAGGAAUGCAACCUACUGCAGAAUCUAUCCAGGGAGGAGUUCCGAGAGUUCCGCACUCUGGUCAUCGACAUGGUCCUGGCGACGGACAUGUCGUUCCACUUCCAGCAGCUGAAGAACAUGAGGUCGCUGCUGUCGCUCGCUGAGCCCACUGUCGACAAGUCCAAGGCAGCCUCCCUCAUUCUACACUGCUGUGAUAUCUCGCAUCCAGCCAAGCGGUGGGACCUGCAUCACAGAUGGACAAUGAGUCUCCUGGACGAGUUCUUCCUGCAGGGAGACAAGGAGCGGGAUCUAGGGCUCCCGUUCAGUCCACUCUGUGACAGGAACAACACGCUUGUAGCGGAGUCGCAGAUCGGUUUCAUCGAGUUCAUCGUCGAGCCUAGCAUGGGCGUCUGUGCCGAUAUGCUUGAGUGCAUAUUGGGCCCUCUACAUUCCAGCAGCAAGAACUCCACCAGUUCUGCUGAACCUAUCAAUGAAGAGAGCACAGGUACGAAGGAUAGAAAUGAAAAUAGCACCAAGUUCAAGAUCAGGAAGCCGUGGGUCGCGUGUCUUAGCGAUAACAAGAAGAUAUGGAAGGAGCAAGCUGCUAAAGAUGCUGAGGCACGCGCUAAACAGGAGGAGGAGAACAACAGUGUCCCACCGACAACAGAGGAAUAAUAUUUAGCCUCAUUUGUAAAUAGCGUUAGAUCUAGUUGUUGCAACAUGUUCUAUUCGUUGUUAAAGAAAAGCUAAAGCAUACUGUAAAAUAUACAUACGUGUGCCGGCUAUAUUAUACGUUGCUAAUUUAUUAAAAUAUAAAUUGUUGUGUGUAACGCACAAAUAUACGACUUGGAAGCACAAUGCGAAAAGCCUGGAUGUAUAAAGUUUCUCUAUGUGGAAGACAACAUAGUGAGCUAAUUCGAACAGGCGACAUACCGCGCAGCGGUAACGCCAGUAGUGUAAAUGAUUCAUUAUUAUUAUUAUUCGCCGCUAAGAUUCUAGCCUAGCCUAAUAUUAAGUCUAAUAAAGCUUUGAAGAUGUCUUGUUAUCAAGAUUCUAUUGCGGGAAAAUAGAAUUUUAUCUAUCUAAUAAAUUAAAAUUGUAAGGUCCCAGGAUGUUACCCUGAGGAAUCCCUUCAACUUCUGCCUCGUAAUAGAAUCUUGUCUGUAUAUUUGAGGAUGUAUCGAUAGGUAACAAUAUUUUCUACUCAUAAUUGAAAUAAAUUAUUGUGUAAAACUGUACUGAACUCAUUUCAAAUAUAGUUGUUAAGAGCUAAAUGUAUCUGUAAGUAACUAUCAAAUGCUGGUGACGGAGCAAACAACAUUAAUUUAUGUAAUCAUAAACACAUGUGCACUUCUCUUCAAUCAAACACUUAACUGUAACUUAAAUGUAGCUUAAUAUUAGUGUUAAACUUAACCCAUAAUAUGAUGAAUACGCUUAUUAAUUUUAAUGUUUCCGAUUAAAUUGGAGUCUUGAUAUUCUUGACCAAAUGUUAUUUAAUAUGAAAUUAUUUUCUAAAUGAUAAUGCCAUUUCAAAUUCUAGUAAUAGGUAGAUAGUACAUUAGUAAAUCUUCAUGAAUACAAAUUAAGAUUUUUGUCUUUGUUAUAUACAACAUAGCUAAGUAUAACGUAGAAAAUCUCAAAUAUUUAUUGAAUUUCAAAGCUCGUGCUCAAAACAGAUGGAGACGAACUGCUUUCUAUAAACAAAAACUACCUAUUAGAUCUAUUAGACUGAAAGGCAAAGGCGUCACAGCCCGAGGAAGAACAGGAAUACUUAGGUAGGCUAAGACUCGGUCUUAUUGCAGGCUCUUGUGGAGGACCCAGAGUUACUGUACCGUCCUUCAACUAGAAUAUCUAUUGGCGAACGGAGGAACAUUGAAUUUAUUAUUAUCAAAGAUAUUAAAGGAUUUCAGGCCAAGUGUUUACUCACCGAUGCCAAAUUUACAUCCGACAUUGGUACUGCAAAUACACAAAUAUUUAUCUACUGAUACCAUAAAAAUGACGGGCACUCAGAAACAUUUCACACAUAUAUCAGAGGCCUAGUUUUCCUGGUAGGUACGUGGGACCAUUCUCAUUGAAUAUCAAAUCAAAUGAAUCCAUAAUCAUGAUAAAUUAGGUCCCUAGGUGUAUGAUUUCAGGGAUGGUAAGGCUAGAUAUUUAAUCCAACUGGUGACGCUUAUUGUAGACAAAUUUAACAAUAGAUUUUUUUAUAUAUGUAUAUGUAUAUUUAUCGUCUAUUUUAAUUAUUAUUAGAGAUUUAUUAAAUUCUGUAUAUUGUGCAUUUAGUGUACCUAUUAAUAGUUCAUAGGUACUAAUUAAUAAGAAUAAUCAAUAUAGAAACAUACAUACUUAAUUUGAAAAUGUAGUCUAGUAAUGCCAUUCAGAUUGGGGAUAUAGCUUUAUAAAAUUGUAGAUUUUAGCAUACUGAGCCUUAUGUAAAUGAAUAUUAAUUGUUGUUUCUGUAUUAUAUAGCUUGGAGCAUACGGCCCACUCUUGAUUAAUGUAAUCUCUCUCAGACUUUAGGAACCACUUUUUGUACAAUACUAUUGCUUUUAAAUGUGACAUUACAACAUUCCGAAUGUGUUUAGUAUUCAAUUGUCAAUGUAAUUAAGCUAUUUAAAGACCUAUACACUGCUAUGUUAUAAGAUAGUGAAGAAUAUAAAAUAUUAACUAAAUAGUUACCUACCCACAGUCGUAAUAUAUUUUUCACAAAAUGUCCUAAUGUGCUUUCACAUAAAAUAUUAAUGAUAAAGUUUGAAGUCAUUGAAAAUAAACGUAAGUAUCCAUUCAUAGUUAUAUAAAUACCUAUUACAUGUGUAAAGAGAUGUUAUUUACUAAAAAUAUCGACGUAAUAUUCCUUACAUUUUCUAUUAUUAUAUCCCACACAGUAAAGCAAGUAACAGUAUAUUUAAAUGCAACCGCUGAAGAUAAAUUUUCUAUAUGUAUUGUAAGUAUGCAAAUGUACCUAUUUAUUAAAUGUUUUAUCUUAAAAAUCACAAUAAUUUUAUGUAAACAACAACACAGAUCUUUGUAUGAAAUUGCAUUUUCUCUCUAAUAAAAUGAAAUCUCAAAAUCAAAUGGUUUUUUAUCAA